AUUUUUAUUAUUAUAUUAUUAUUAUUCUUAAAUUUUAUUAAUUUAAGAGUAUUAUAAUAUUUAUAUCUUGUCACUCCCAACGACCACCACCUCCUACUGUCAUCCCCAACCACCAUUAUCCACCACUAUCUCACACUACAAUUCACACCUUUAAAAAAACACACACACUUUUUUUUUUCUUUUUUUAUCACCUGCCAAAUUUAUGGCAACCGCCACUUCUAUUUCACCAGAUAAACAACUAGAAACUGACAACCGGCAACCGCUGAUCACCGGUUCACCUCCUCAACCGUCACCGGAACAAUUGGUAAACUCUAAUUCACCUAAUUUUAUAAAUCAACAACCGGAAAAUUCAGCUGACGUUCAACUGCCUCCACUGCCGGAAGCGGUUGAUAAUUUACUAGAAACACCGGCGCCGCCGUCACCUCUACCGGAAGCUUUGGAUUAUGGUCAAUUAGCUUCACCGCCGGAAACGGUUCAAGCACUAGAAGAACCUACGCCGCUGACGUCACUGCCACCGGAAAACUUAGCCUACGGUCAACUACCUCCGCCCCCGGAAGCGGUUGAAAACAUACAAGAAACGUCUCCGCCGCCGUCAUAUUCACCGGAAAAUACAGCCUAUGGUCAACUACCUCCACUAUCGGAAUCCGUUGAAAUUUUACAGGAACAUACGGCGGUGCCGUCAUCUUCACCGGAUAAAACUAUUUCUUACAGUCAAUCGUCGCCGCAGACAAAAAUCAUAACGCCGUCAUCGCCAACUGAACUGCCGGAAAACACUAGCUCUAACCGUGUAUCUAUACUUUCAAGGCAAUCACAAUCACCGCCAUCGCCACCGGCGGCAGAAGAACAUCAGCCGGAAAACACUAGCCCUAACCAUGAAUCGCAACUGACGUCCUCGCCGACAGGAAUUGAAGAUCCUGCAGAAAGCCCUAAUUAUGGUAUAAACCCUAGCUCUAACUUUGAACCUUCAAUUAUAAAUGAUUCACUAGCAAUAGAACACGAGGAACCGGCGGAAACCCCCGAUUUUCAUAUAACAGCUACCGCUGUAAAACCCGAAAGAAACGCUAUCCCUAUAACCCAUCAAUCAGUAAAAGAGUCGUCCCCAUCGCCUGCAGUAUCACCAUCAUCACCAAAAGUUGUAGUAGAACCAACUAUAGGCCUAGUAACACCACCAUUAGGAUUUCCCCCACUUGGUUUUGCAGCUAGUAAACCACAAAUAUCACCUUGGACCCAUCAGGAGACGGCUAAUCUUAUACAAGCUUACCAAGAAAAAUGGUACUCUUUAAAGAGAGGACCAUUGAAGGCUGGGCAGUGGGAAGAAGUAGCUAUCACGGUGGCUGCACGUUGCGGAUAUGAUGAGCCGACGAAAACUGCUAAACAAUGUAGACACAAGAUUGAGAAACUGCGUAAACGUUAUAGAGCUGAGAGGGGGAGGCCUCGGUCUAAAGCUAAUGAGUGGAAUUUCUUUAAGCUUAUGGAUAAUUUGGAAAGAGGGCCGUUGCCUAUUUCAUCAUCACAGGGUAUGGCAGUGGUGGAGUAUCAGAAAUCAAGUACUUCAAAUGGGAACAAGAGGAAGCACGAGUACAGUAAUGACGUUGGUGGUGCUGAGUAUCUUGGUAACAGAAGAAGCAGCAGGUCUAGGAGUACUAAUCAUCAGAUUCCCAAUGGUGACUUGACUACAAAUCUCCGGGUUGUAGACGGUGGAAAUAGGGUUGUGCGUGGAUUAAGGACUCCAAUGAUUCACAAACCUCGAGAGUUUUAUCAGCAGGUUGACGAUGGUGGCGAGGAAGACGAAGAGAAUAAUGCUGAUGGUGGAGAUGAAGAAGAGGCAGCGUUACAAUUGGCAGCGGAAAUUAAGGGGUUUGCUGAAAAGUUUGUAAAAAUGGAGAAUAAGAAGAUUGAGAUGAUGAGAGAUGUAGAGAGAUACAGGUUGGAAAUGGAGAAUAAGAGGAUGGAAAUGAUACUUGAAUCACAGCAGAUGCUCGUAGAGACAGUUACAAAAGCUUUCGGUGGCUCUCAUAAACAACACAAGCUUUCUGCAAAUUGACAGCAGCUUAAGGUUAUUGUAUGGUUCAUGAUUCAAACUUUCAUUUCUUGUGUAGUCAAUAAACUUAUAUUUGCUCAUAUAUAAUAAGUAGAAAUUGUUGCAAAUUUGUAGGUUUUUCAUGUCCCAUGAGUAAACUAUUUAACAUGUGAAGGAUAUGUAACAGAAUUUGGAAUACAUAGUUAAUUAUAAAUCAAGAUUGGCACUUUGGAA